GGGCGGGACAACCGGAGGAAGCGUCUCUUCACGGCGUCAUCGGGCAGCGCCGCCGCUGCCACGUGAGAGGCCGCCAUGGCGCUGAGGCGCGGCGGGACGGCAGUCGCCUUCCCGCUGCUGCUGCCGCCGAGGCGGCAGACAGCCACCCGGGCGGCGGCGGGCGGGCAGCCCCCUGAGAACGUGGUGCGCGUCCCCUGGGCCCUGCGGCUGCGCCUGCAGCGGGGCGCGCGGCGCCGGCAAGGGCAGGCGGCGGCGGCGGUGGGGCGGCGGCCCGGGAAGCUGCUGCUGCGGAGCCGGCGGCCGGAGUUGAGCCAGCCCCGCUGGCAGACGGUGGGGCGCUGGGAGCGGCCGCAGCUGGUGUCAGCGGGCUGGAAGCACAGGAAGGCCUGCGGGGACUACUUCCAGUUGGAGCCCUCGCAGGAGGCGGCUCCCGCCCUGCAGGCACCGCCGUCUGAGGCGGGGCAGGGCGCGUCCUUCGCCGAGAUGGGGCUGCAGCCGUCGCUGCUGGCCGGCCUGGAGGGCCUGUCCAUCGGCCGCCCCACGGCGGUGCAGCGCCUCGCCAUCCCCGCGCUGCGCCGCGGCCGCAGCGCCCUCUGCGCCGCCGAGACCGGCAGCGGCAAGACGUUGGCCUACCUGCUGCCGCUGCUGGACGGGCUGCUCUCCCGCCCCGAGGGGCCGGCGGCGGAGGAGGCGGAGGCGGCGGCGGCGUCGCCCCGCGGGCUGGUAGUGCUGCCGUCGCGGGAGCUGGCGGCGCAGGUCGGGGCGGUGGCGGCGGCGCUGUGCCGGCCGGCCGGGCUGCAGGUGCGCGGGCUGACGGGCGGCGGGGCGGCGGGCGGGCUGCGGAGGCAGCUGCGGGCGGCGCCGCCGGGUGCCGCCGUGUUGCUGGGCACCCCCGGGGCGGUGCGGGAGGCGCUGCGGCGGCGCUUCUUGGCCCUGGGGCGGCUGCGCUGGAUGGUGCUGGACGAGGCGGACGCCCUGAUGGACGAGUCCUUCGCGGAGCCGCUGGAGGAGAUCCUGGCACAUGCGCCCCUGGCCGCCGGUGCCCCCGGGCCGACUGGCCCCGGCGAGGCGAGGACCCAGGUGGUGGUGGUUGGAGCCACCUUCCCCGCAGGACUGAGCCAGACGCUGGGGAAGUUCACCGACGUGGGCCAGUUCGUCACACUCGCCACCCAGAGCCUCCACCGCCUGCCACCCCAUGUCCAGCAGAAGUUUGUCCGCCUAAAAGGCCGGGACAAGCUGCCUGAACUACUGCAGCUACUCAAGGAGCGCCCAGCUACUGGGGGGGCUGUUCUCAUUUUCUGCAACAGUGCCAGCACUGUCAACUGGCUGGGCUAUAUCCUGGAUGAUCACAAGAUCAAGCACCUGAGGUUGCAGGGACAGAUGUCAGCAGCUGCUAGAGCUGGCAUUUUUGCCUCCUUCCAGAAGGGUGACGUGUCUGUCCUUGUCUGCACUGACCUUGCCUCGCGGGGGCUGGACACCAGCAGUGUGCAGUUAGUGGUCAACUAUGACUUCCCAGACACCCUGCAGGACUACCUGCACCGCGUGGGACGGGUUGGACGGGUGGGAAGCAAGGCACCUGGAGCCGUGGUUAGUUUUGUCACCCAUCGGUGGGACGUCGACCUGGUGCGGAAAAUAGAGACUGCAGCCCGGAAAAGGACAGGUCUCCCAGGCAUGGACUCCUCCAUUAAUAACCGUCCACCUAAAGGAGGUUGAUUCAAGUUGCCAAGCAGUAAUAAAUGGCCUGGUAGGGACUAAGCUUGAAAUCAUUAAGGCAGAAGGAAUGAGCUUCUGGGUGUAAGCUAGACUGAAGUAACAGAGAAUUGAGUUUCAGAACCAGGUGAUCGGGUUAACUUUGUACAUUGUUCUGGAAGCUGCAAUAGUCAUUUCCAUAGGCAUCACAAGUCAUGGUUUUACAAAAGGGAGCUAGCAAGUAACAAAAUGCCUUUUGAGAAGACUGAAGAGUGAUCCCAUUUAAGACUUUUAACUUAAAUUCAAAUCAGAAGAAAAGUACGCCUGUGUGAUGUGCAGCUCUGUUGCAUUUCAUUGCUUCCCACCACCACCAGCUAAACGUUCAUUAUUAAAACUUCUGUGGCAAGAAAAAAGAAAAUAUUUUCCUAACUUUGUUAUAACUUUGACCAAUUACAGAUACAUCUAGAAAGACUAAAGGACAAAUUAUAUUUGAUUUUCUUGUGAUACAGGAGUUCAUUCAGAGAAUUCUAGAAGAGAUACCUGUAAAGUUUGGUGGGAAUGAGAAGGCACAAUAAAGCUUGAGGCUUUUAGGCUUUUUCAAGGUAUUAAUUUUUCAUUUUAUGGUUACCUUUCACUGAGAAAGGGGAUCUUGCUGCUUCAGAUUCUGUUAAAUAAUAAAAAAAAAGCCUUUAAGUGUGUUCUCAGUUUUUGCAUGCUAUAGUGAAAUAUCCAGUCUUUGAACUGAUUUUAAAAACAAAACAAAACCCCAACCCACCAAAAAAUAUCUUCUGUUAAAGUAAAGAAGCGUGUUGACUCACGGGUUCUAAUGACUCCCAGGUAACAGAGUGAUUACAAGAUUUCUUUUGAAAAUUACGCCAUUGUUCUUUUCUGCUUUAAAUCCUUUAAAAAAAGGAUUAAAGUGAGGCUGAGGUUAUUUCAUAUCUAGCUGCUAUUUUGUAUCCAUGGUAAAUAAUCACACAAAAAUAGCAUUUUAGCUCUCAUUUCUGUUGCAGUGGUUUAUCACAGCCUUUUCUUUUAGUGGCUGUUUUUUUGAUGCUGUCCAUCUGUAAAUAACAGAUAAUAACUGUAAAUAAGGCAAUUUAUGUGCCCACAAGCAGAAGCUUACUGUUGAUGUAUAGCAGCAGGGUAAAUCCUUAAACAGAAAUCUGGGGACAACCUGUAAUAUUAUAAUUUAGAGAAAAUCUUAUUUCCAUUUGUUAAUACGCAUUUUAUGUUGUAUCAAGUCCUCUGAACUGCUGAGAAAUAGCUUCCUUUAACUGUAGACACAGAAAUUAAUUUAAAUGAAGUAAAUGGUAUUCAAGAAAC